AUGCGCGCUUUUCUCAAACCACUGGAUAAUGGUGUAGAAAACAUGAAGAAAACAGAGAAGCGGCCUCCAAAAGUGACGGUAAUCCCUCCAAAAGUGACGGUAGUUUCGGACCAACCAAGAUUGAACUUGACUAAAGGACAAAAGUUGGAUCAAUGGGUUGAUAAGUAUAAACCAGUCGAGGUUUCGAAGAUUGUUGGUCAACAAGGAACGAGUUCGAACGUUCAGAAGCUUGUAAAAUGGCUGAAGAAUUGGCCAAAACACAAUAUGGGGGCUGCUGGAGCUGUGAAGAAGGCUAAACCGACUGGUAAGAGUUUAUUUAUAUUGUUUUUGUUUUAGGUAUGAAGAAAACUGGAGAAGCUUGCUUUAUUUUAUUCAAUGUGAGAAUUCAAGUCUCAAUGGCUAUGAAACUAGUUACCUUAUGGUUUAACGUGUCUAAAAUGAAUUGUUAUAGGUUUUAAUCAAGGCGACGGCAGUGCCUUUAAAGCUGUUUUAAUCUCUGGCCCUCCGGGUAUUGGCAAAACCACGAUGGCAGUUUUGGCUUGCCAAGAGCUUGGACUAAAAUACAAGGAGCUGAAUGCUUCUCUAGCCAGAAGUAAGAAGCAGUUGGAGAAAGAAGUUGAGUUUUUACACUCAAAACAUGUAGCCAACUUCUUUGGUGCUCAAAAAGUUAAAUCAACUGUUGCUAACGGUGUAUAUAAGGUGGAUCAAGCCUUGAUUAUGGAUGAAGUUGAUGGAAUGAGUGGUAAUCAGGACCGAGCUGGUGUAGGUUUUGUUUUAAUAUGUAUUGGUUUUGAUUUUAGGAAGCUUUAUUCAUCGAUAAAGGCAUGGAAUUGCCUUGUUUUUAAUUAUAUUUUACACGUUUAGAUAGCCGAACUGAUUCAAAUGAUAAAGAAAUCUGAAGUACCGAUCAUCUGUAUCUGCAACGAUCGUCAAUCACAGAAAAUCCGAUCUCUGGCCAAUCAUUGCUUUGACUUGAGGAUUCAACGGCCGCGAAAAGAACAAGUUAUGGCUUGUUUAAUGACAAUUGCUGCCAAAGAAAAGUUCAAAGUUGAUAAAGCGAUUGUGGAGAAGAUUGUCCUUGCCGCUAAUCAUGAUGUUCGUCAAUCCAUCUACUCGCUUCAGCUAUUAGCUGCUGGUCAAGCUGAUGUUCUUGAUAUUGAUGCAAAGAACGUUGAAUUGAACACGUUUGAAGCCGCGCAUCAGUUGUUCAGCAAGAGUACGGACUUGAUGAAGAAAAGGGAGAUUUUCUUCAGCGACUACUCGUUAAUGCCAUUGUUUGUUCAAGAAAACUAUUUGGGGGCAAGAUCUGGCGAUUAUAAGUGAGUUUGAGUUUUAUUUAUAUUGUUUAUGUGUUUAGGUAUUGGAUUUGGAGAAAAAGGGGUAAGAGGUAUAGCUUUUAAGCUUUGGCUAGCAAAAACUACAGAAAAUGAUAUUAAAAAUCGGUUUUUAGGUAUCAAAUAUUUAUGUUAGAGUACCUAAAUAUUCAUUUUUUAGUUGUUGAGACUAGAAUUUACAAAAGUUGAUGUUAAAUUUGAAUUUUAAGGAGUAACUACCUAUGUUAACAUACCUAAAUAUCAAUUUCUUGUUUUAAAACACAAGUUUCCAUAUUUUUACAACAUUAAUAUAAACUUACAUUCCAGUGCCGCAGAACAGCUAGCCGCUACCUCAAAAGCCGCCUAUUCGAUCAUGUAUGGAGAUCAGAUAUCAAGAUAUAUUAGGCAAAGCCAAAAUUGGUCUCUAUUACCAACAGCAGGCACGCUUGGAUGUGCUUUACCUCCGAUGUUUCUAGGAUGUGGUAAAGGUGCGGAAGUGGAUGGAUUCUUGACUACACAGCUAUCGUUUCCAGGAUGGUUUGGCAAGAACUCUACACUGAAUAAACGUAAAAGAUUGGUUAAGGAACUGCAGAAUCAUAUGGGAUUGAAGUAGGGUUUUUUGGUUUUUUAAAAUUUAAAUUUUUUUUGAAUUUAUGACUUCGCAGAGGAUUUUUGGAAAGAAAGUUCUUGUGGUUUUUAAGAAAUGUUUUUUUUGUAAAGAAAGUUUUGUGAAUUUAAAAAAUGACUGUUGGAAAGAAAGUUUUUGCAGUUUUUUUGAAAAUUUUUUUUGGAAAGAAAGUUUUUGCAAUUUUUAAAGAUCUUUGACAUAAACUUUCACUUUUAGAGUAUCAGGACCAGUACAUGCGAUUGCUACUGAGUAUGUGCCGAUCUUGAGGAACAAACUUCUUCAACCAUUGGCCGAGGAACAAACUGAUGGAAUACCGUAAGGAUUUUUUUUAAAUAUUCAAAUUUUAGGUUUUUUGGAUUUCAAAGUUACUUCUUGGUUAAUUUCUUACUAAAAACUGGUUUUUACGAAAUUUUUGACCAAAAGAAAUUUUUUGCCCGAACUAGUAAAUUUUGGUGUAUUCUUAGAUAUUGUAUCGUAUUGUUGGUGUAUUCUAUUUUUAGCGAAGUCCUCGCAACAUAUCACGCAUACGACCUGAUCAAAGACGAUAUGGAUGCCAUCAACGAACUUGGCCUCUGGGAUCCACAGAACGACAUUGCCAAAAAGAUUGAAUCCAAAACCAAAGCCGCACUGACCAGAGCCCUGAACAAAGAACUAGGAAAACAUCAUUAUGCCACCAAAAACGAUAUUGUAGUACCAUCAAGAGCCAGAGGCACGAAACGCAAAGCUGCCACCGAUGCAGACCUAAAACUCAAAAAGGCAUUGAUGUCGAAUGAAGAAGAGGAGGAGGCAGAAGAGGAUGUUAACAUGGAAGAAGAGAACCCGGAAGCCGAGGCUGAGAUUCUUGAUGCUUUUUGA